AUGCUCCCCGUAUGCAUCUUUUUUUUUUUUUUACAAGCGGGGAUGUGGAUAUCUUUUUUUUUUUUUUUCUUGGGAUAUUGUUUGAGUAGAAGCCAAAAACAACACACAAUGGUUGCCGGAUUCGUGGAAAACAAAUCGCUUGGAAGAGUUGCAUGUUUGGCGUUUGUGCUGAUUUGCGGCGUCUUACUUCUAUGGGGAUGGAGGGGAAACAAAAGGAACCCUCUUUCGGCGGAGGGGAAUCCGCUGUUUGACCCACUGAAACACUGUCGCACGAGGUAUGGCACAAUUCUUGGGUAUGCUCUCAGUGUCCCGGCUUUUAGCAACUGCCAUAGCAGUUACAGUGCGGAACGACUCGUAAUUACACGUUUUGGUUAUCCAGAGCUUGUUGCCGACCACAACGAUGGUUCCAAGGGGAAUUACUGCUCGGGCAGCCCCUGGUCGUCCAUGGAGUACACCGCCCGCAUUCUCUUUCAUUACAAAGGCAUCAAAUAUUUUGAGAUGCCAACACCUCAAGAGGUGUGGUCGACCCCGUACUUCUUCAACCCGCUAGAAGCAGCGGAACGUGAUAAGGAACGACGGUAUGAACCAGUCAGAGUUGCAAACUACGAGGAGGCCACGACGGCGAAGGAACGUAAGCGCCUUGCGCCACGGGUCUUUGACAUUGUUGUGUGGCCUGCACAGAUGGAGCAUGAGCUCCCCGAAGGCCACAUUGCCGUUGUGGUGCAGGUGGAGGAUGAUGUGGAGGCCGCGGGUGGGGAGGACCGACUCCGUGAGCUUCGGAAGUUGCGGCUGCAGCCCCGGUUGUUGUACAUUGCGGAGCAGAACUUUGACAACACGCACUGGGGAGGCAAAAACUACUCGCGCGUGCUGCGGUUCCAGUGGCGAAAUGGCAGGGAGGCGGUGCUGCAGGACCCCUUGGGCCUUAAAGUUUUGGGGCUGGUUCGAAUUGGCAAGCGUACCGUCAUUUUUGAAGACGAGGAUGGUGGUGAUCUUUAA